GAAAGAAGGCGGCGGGGAGACCCCCCGAGUGCGGGUGCUGGGCCCCAGCCGAGACCCCCGACCCUGCUUCUCCUGUGGUUCUCGUCUCGGCUGGACUGGAGGAGGGAGGCGCCAUGGAGGUCCAGGGCAGAGGAUCCCUUCCUGAGGAGUCAGACCUUCUCGGUGCUGGAAACUCGAAAGAAGAUGGCGAGACAGCGGUGCUGCUGACAGCUGGUUCCCGGGGAUCAGUCAACAAGGCCAUGGCUGGAACUCUCCGCCCGUGGGGACCGCUGAAUCCCCCCGGAGCAGACGUCCUGGAGGAGCCUAGGAAUCUGGUCUUGCUGGGGCUUCCCAUUUCCAAGCCUGAUGUCAUCUUGCAGUUGGAGCGUGGGGAGGAGCUGGAGACAGAAGUGUCGGAAGCAGCCGGUGCAGACUGGCAGAGAGCACCAGAAAGCAAGGUGCCCAAUCUAGAGAAAGAUGUUUCUACAGAGGGACCAGCCCCUGGCAUGCUAAUACAGAGAUUUCCAAAGGAAGGUUCCAGUGAGUGUGAGGAUUCCUUGGAGAGUCAGCAAGAAAACCAUGAGAAACAUUUCAUACAAGAAGUUGUGACUCAAAAGAAAUCUGGGGAGAGAAGUCACCAUCAACAUGACGCGUGUCAACGAAAUUGUAGUUGGAGGUCACUGCUUGUUCAGCAGCAAGGAGAGAGGCUGCAUAGCUGUGAUUCCCUUCAAAGGCAAUUAAAACAAAAUUCAGACAUAAUUCGGCAUGAGAGAAUCUGUGCAGGAAAGAAACCUUGGAAGUGUGGUGAGUGUGAAAAGGCCUUCAGUUACUACUCAGCUUUUGUCUUGCAUCAGAGAAUUCACACCGGAGAGAAACCCUACGAAUGCCAGGAAUGUGGCAAAGCCUUUAGCCAGAGCAUACAUCUCACCCUCCACCAGAGAAUUCACACUGGAGAGAAACCCUACGAGUGCUGCGAGUGCGGGAAAGCCUUCAGUCACCGCUCGGCCCUCAUCCGGCACCACAUCAUUCACACCGGGGAGAGGCCUUACGAAUGCAAUGAGUGUGGCAAGGCCUUUAACCAGAGUUCCUACCUCACUCAGCAUCAGCGCAUCCACACUGGGGAGAAGCCUUACGAGUGUAACGAGUGUGGCAAGGCCUUCAGCCAGAGCACCUUCCUUACCCAGCAUCAGGUCAUCCACACGGGCGAGAAGCCCUACAGGUGUAACGAGUGCGGCAAAGCCUUCAGCGAUCGGUCAGGCCUCAUUCAGCACCAGAGAACCCACACCGGGGAGAGGCCGUACGAGUGUGGCGAGUGCGGGAAGGCCUUUGGCUACUGUUCCGCCCUGACUCAGCACCAGAGAACUCACACCGGGGAGAAACCCUAUCAGUGCAACGAUUGUGCCAAAGCCUUCAGUGACCGCUCAGCGCUUAUUCGUCAUCAGAGGACACACACUGGAGAGAAACCUUACAAGUGUAAGGAUUGUGGGAAAGCCUUCAGCCAGAGCUCAUCUCUUACAAAACACCAGAAAACACACACGGGAGAGAAACCGUACAAGUGUCAGGAUUGUGGCAAAGCCUUCAGUCAGAGUUCGUCCCUUUCUCAGCACCAGAGAACUCACGGCAGAGGGAAAAGCAAGGGAUACGGACGAGUCUGUAGUGAGCACUCGGGCUUUGGCCAGCAAAAGAGAAUUCAUACUGGAUAAGCGGGGAAUGCUCAGUGUAUUUUGCUUAGGUGCUUACCAGACAAACUGUGCAGGCAACAAAGAAAUGUGAAGAGUGUGAUACAAAAGGACUGGAAGUCACCGUUGACAGGAAACAUAGCGUACUUAGACUGUGAUGGGGAAGGGUGUUA